UUACAAUUCGAUUAUUUUCAGGACGCCACAAUAAAGAAAUCUGUACAAACUGCAUCAGAAAUUAAACCUAUAUUGCAACGAAUAUACAUUAAUAAAUUUAAUAAUGAAUCGAAAGAUUUCUCCAUGAGAAAACAUACAGCAAAAAAUUUAAAAAAGAAACCGAGUAAACUUUGGUGGGUAUAUCCACGUAAUAUUAAAUGGAAAAAAUUUUCGCAAAGCUUAGAAAUGCCUAAAAAAAUAUUACAGCCGCAAGAAAAAUCUUUAAAAGAACAAAUUAUGUUACCAAAAUUUUCUUCUAUAAAUAAUCAAAAUAGAAAUAUAAAUCUCUCACCUGAUAUGGAGAUUGUCAAAAUUACAACGAUUGUUGAGACCAUUCGGCAAAAGCGGCAAAGAAAUGCGCAAAUAUCAGAAGCAAUAAAAAAUAUAGAGAAAAUAAUUGAAAAGAAACGUUUGAAACGUUCGUCUCGCGAAUCGGUGGUAACUACGGAUUCAUGGCAUGAUCGAGAGAAAAAAACUUUCACUUCGAACAAGCGAGCUCGUUAUCCAAAAUCUCAUUAUCGGGAUCAAGAAAAGGAGUCUUUGCCAACGAGAAAACGUGCGAUUGAUCUUAAAGUAGCGAGCAACGUUGCGAUACCGAGUACUGUAUUUUAUAAACGUAUUUGGGAAUACAUUAACGGUACUCGUCCUCAUUCCGAUAUUAUCGGCGACUACAGUUUCUUGCAAAAUAAUUCUGCAAAAAAUAAUUCUGCAAAAAAUAAUUCAACAUGCACUGACAAAAAUCAGAUUACGGUUUCACAAUCGCAAAAGCACAAGUUACAAGUGAUAAGUCCUAAGAUUAAACCGGAACGAGACUUUUAUAAACGCAUCUGGGAUAUAAUCAAUGCAACUCAGUUGACAUAUGGAGGCACAAAAGCUCGUUCUAAACGAAAUGCUAAUAUUUCGGAAAGUAAUAUUUCGGCUCAAUUAUGCGUGCAAGAAAGAAGAAUCGAUUAUGCAGAGGACAAGCAACCGCAAGCGAUAAAUGAUAAAGUGACUCUCGAUACCGCGGAGACGAUAAAGUCGCGAAAAAUAUCUGAUCCUUAUAUAUCAGGCUUCCAGGGCUUCACAAAUAAAAUUCAACGGCAAUCUAAGACUACAAUUCCCACAGUGAAUACGAUAAAAUUAAAUAAUGAUCUAAUCUUGUCGCCGUACAUAAAUACUGCAAGCGCUUCCGAAGUGGCUGACUUGAAUAAAUUUCCUGAUAAUGUCGAAACUAACAUCGAUUAUUUGUCUUCCGAUAAUUCAAUGGAAUAUGAAAAGCGUAACAGAUCACAAAAAAUCAUCACUGAGUCAAGACCGCCGUAUUCUUCUCAAGAACAAGAAAAUUCUACCAUUUCGUCAUCUUCGCCAAUCAAGCAUACGAUCGAUAAUACUUCGGAAAAGGAAGAUCAAACGAAAUAUACAGAGAAUUAUUCAAUCAAUACGACUCCGAUUUAUGAUCCUUCAAAUAUACCUUACGUAGAGGUACCAGAUUAUACCGAUCAACAAGAGGACAAUUUAGAUAAAGAUAAUCAGAACUCAACUGUAGCAAAGUAUAAGGAAUACGAUAGCGAAUAUGUUGAUUUUGAAAGACAAUACAAUCCUGAUGAAGAAUUCUCGUCGAAAUCUCCAAACGCUGAGAUUAAAGUAUUACAGAAUAUCCAAACCGGAAAUAACGUGCCGAAGAUAUCUCCAAACGCUGAGAUUAAAGCAUUACAGAAUAUUCAAACCGUAAAUAACGUGCCGGAGAUUUUAUUGAAUGUGAAUAUCUCGCAUUCAGAUUGCACAGAAAAUAAAGAUUCUAGCGAAUGUAUUGAUAAAUAUGAUGUUAAAGAUACCAAAUUACAUAAUAAUAAUAGAGAAACAAGCGGCGACGUUCAACGUUCUAAAGAAGAUUCAGUAGAAUCCAACGAAGGUGAAAACUCUCCCACAGAUUUCGUUGACUUUGAUAUAAAUGAAUAUAAAAAACCGUUCAAUUUGGAUGAUUUUAUUAAAAACGAUUCUACAUUUGAAAGUAUACAAACUAAUCGUAGCAAGGAAAACGCGAAAUACAAGGAUAAGAAAAAUCCCGCAGAUCGCAGCGAGGAAUCUGAUGAAGAGUUCGAAAUAUACGCCACGGUCCCAAAAGAAGAAUCGUACGAUUAUUUCAGAAAAAACGAAAAUUAUGACGAUGGAAUCAUUUUUGACGAUAGAGAUGAGGCGAAAAAGAAUACCCACUCUUCCGCGAAAGAGAAAGCGGAGGACAGUGACGUAAUCAGCGAAGAUCACUAUCAUUAUGACGAUAAAGAUUUCCUUAGACAUAUUUUCGGAGAGAACGACGAUAAAAAAUCAUCCGAAUCAGUCGAGACGGAGGACAAAUUUUUAUCUCACUACUUUACAAAGGAUGUUUUGGAUCAAUUGCGAGAUAACUCAACAGCCGAAGAAGAGAGACAAAGAGAAGAGUCGAGGAAUAAAGAAGAAACAUAUAAAACAUUGUCAAGAAUUUUGGACAAGAAGGAUCGUUUCUCUAGAUUAGAUGACAAUCUCGACAAAAUGAUUGAGGAAGGUGAAACAAUUCCGAUUAGAUACAACAAUUUCUGGAGCUUAGAAUAUGAAUCGCCUCGUAAGAAAAAUAAGGCGAGUGAAGAAACAGAAAAUUAA